AUGCUAUAUACCUGCAAGCAGGGACAUUUCUACUCCGUUCAAAGGGGGUCCUACAUCGAUACUAUGAGAGCAGGUGCAACAGGACCAGAGGUGGCGGACGAGGGAAGGGACGUUGAGGAGGGUAGCCAAGGGAUGCAGAACGAGGAUCACAACGAGGAAGCUGGCACCAGUGACCAUGCCGACGAUGUGAGUCCAUCUGCUGGCUUGCUGCUAGUGCUGCUUAGUCUACAGCUGCAAUGUCAGCCAUGGGGGCGCCUUCGGCCUCAACCAGUCAUGCUGCUCCUCUUGCUACCACAUCCAUUCGGACCACAGCAGCUACAGCUGUUCGUGCUACAGCCGUUGGUGGACCUCCUGCGUCGUCCUCCCGUGCCCGUCGAUCUGCUGCACCAACGGCCCAGCAUGUCACCACCUCCCCAGCCCAUACUGCUCGCCAUGCCUCUCAACGUGUUGCAUCAGUCGCGGCCACUCACGCUACAGCCCACCAUUCCCGCCCGCACUACCAUUACCACUGCUGGCCACACCGCAGGCACCAUUGGCGCCCGCAUUGCCGGCGCAAGUGCCACCCGCACUUCCAGCACCACUACUGCCAAUGGCAACCCCUCCACUGCCACCCGCAUCACCUGCAGCACCGCCGCCCGCACUGACAGAACCACUGCCGCCCGCACCAACAGAUCUACUGUCACUCGCAGCACAGACACGGCGGGUCAUAUCGGAACGGCAGCAGCCUCUCAUGGCGCACGCCGCAACGGUCCAUUUGCAGAUGCUGAUUCGCGCGCCAAUGCCAGUUCCAGUGGAGUUGGAAACAGAGAAGGUGCACCGAGCUCGUUGACUCAAGUGAAGAAAGGCAGGCAGUGA